AUGUCAAUCUCAGAGUGUACCUAUGGUAUGGUAUUUACUCCAAAGGUUCCAGUGCCGAGAAAUGGCGUUAUAAAUGCCUUUGACCGAACCUAUUGGUUAGAUACAGGAAAUAAAAGAGCCCCAGAUAAUAAUUCACUUAAUCCACUUAAAACUUAUCAGGUUCAUAGAAAAUGCAGGGCGAUGUCAUUAGCAUCUACCAUUGACCCAGCGGCGGCGCGGGUCGAUAAACUGAGGAGCCGCCUCCUCGGCGAGCAGCACACGAGCGGGGUCGGUGGGGAAGCAGCCCAGCAGCUACGCGUCGGAGGAAGCGGCUCGCGCGCGGCGGCCGCCUCCUCCGUCGGCACCACCGCCGGCGUCACGCUUCUCAAUCGACGCGCCGGCAAGCGCUCGCCACGGCGAUGCAACGCCGGCGGACGUAGAAGCGCGAUGACGAUGGACCUGCAGCGGCUGAUCAACGAGGUGCACGCGAGGCCCGCGAUCUGGGACCAGAAGAACGUCAACUACCACAACCGCGACGUCAUACUGAGAAUGUGGCGGGAGAUCGCGAGGGCAUGCGAGGUGUCGACGGACGUCGCCAAGUCCAAGUGGAAACACCUGCGCGACAACUUUCGGAACGAGCUGAAAAAGACCUAUCGGGGCAAGUGCGACGGUGUCGGCGGCACCGAGCACGACUCCAAAUGGGUCUGGUUCAAGAGCCUGUUCUUCCUGCGGGACCAAAUGAACUCGAGGGUGAUCGGCUGCGCGCUGUCGCAGAACUGCGUCGGCGCGACGGUCGGUAUGCGCUCGUCACCGGACGGCACGCAGAUCGAGCCGCAGAUCGAUAUACUCGAGGGCCACGAGGAGACGCAGUUCGACGACCUGGACGGCGACUCCUGCCAGUCGUUGCUGUCUAACGAUGACGGCCUGCACCAGGUAAUGCCUCCGCCCAAGAUGAACAAGAUAAUCGGCCGGAAGCGGGCGCUGAUGGACGCGAUCGACAACGAUUACGGCGUGGAGGUGGAUCGAAAGCGGUACGAGUCGCUGCAGAAGAGGCUGGCGAUCGGCCCCGAGGACGAGGACGACACCUACCACUUCCUCAUGAGCGUGCGGAAUCCCCUGAGGAGUCUGCCGCUCGACAGGCAGAUGUUCGUUCGUCUCAAGAUUCAGGAGUUGGUCUACAACGAGAUCAACUCGCAGAAUCAGCAGCAGACCGCGGGCCGCGGAGUCUACGACGCUUCCUCGCAGGGCCAAGACGUGAAACCCCCGCGCGCCGGCAACGGCGGCAACGGCGUCGUCGUCGGCGGCGACGUCGUCAGCGACAUGUCAAAUCCGGCGUCGUUGCUGCAAAACUGCACGCCCGAGGGCACCGGCGACGACGCCUUCUUCGGCUGACGAGAGCCCGUUUGCAGUUUAAUUUGCUAAUAGGCGUAAGGAUUAUAAUUUUAAUAGAGAAUAAACAAUGGUAUUUUUUCAAUAACACUCGCGCAAUCUUGGAGCGCGUUCUCUCUCCCCGUCCCGUCACGUCCCAUCGUCGAUUCCUUUCAGCUUGUACGAGUUUUCAAUUUAAAACCGCAGCCGUACGGUGAAAUUUUCUCGUUUGGCGAAUCAACUCAAGAUAUCGCUAGGGAGGCAACUUCUUUAGAUAAGAUCGCGUUCGCGUUCGCAUCCGAGCGAAGAGAAAGAAAUCGUUCGCGAUAAACCCAAGUUGCUUAAGGCCGCGAUGAAUUUAACCGAGAGGAUAGUCCUGUAAUUUACCGUCCCAUUUCGCGAAAUUAAGUCGUCCGUGAAACGGGUUUGCAUGAAUAUUCACAAAAAUUAAUAAACGCCAUUCGACAUGUAUACUAUCGCUUUACAGCGGGGAAACGACACUUGAAAUAUCUUCGCCUUUGUCGUCGGCUGGUCAGAGGCCUUUUAAUUAAUGCGGCACCGGUCGCCGGCGCAAUUAGUGUUAUUAGCGCCCGCACCUAUCUACGUCAUAGACAGAGACCUAAUUAUGUUUUAUCGUGGUAAUUGAUUUCUCGGUUCGCGCAUUUCGCCGCGUUUUUCACUCAUCGCGAUUAAAAGGCGCGCGGGUCAGCGGGAAAAACAUCUACGUUAAAGCUGAUCCGGCUCGACGAGGGCAGCGAUCAGGCAACGUGAGGGAGAGGUUGCCCUGAUCGUGGGAAAAUAAACUGGGAGGGCGCGGAAUCGACCGAAUUUACCAACGUCGCACGUACAUCACGUUCGUUAACGCCGAGGGGGAAACCGCUGACCAAAAUC